CCGCACGGCUCUUCCUCGCUCGCUCGCUCGUCCCGCCUGCCUGCCUUCUCCGCUGCCCGGCUCGCUUCGCUUCCCCUUCCCUUCCCUCGCCAUCGCAGGAUAAAUAUUAUGAUUAUUCGGUGUCCCCUUUCUGACUGUGUUUCUAUGGCACAUCGAGGGAGUUCGGCUGAAUUGGUGUCGAAUCAAUUUGACAAAUGGGAAACCUUUAGAGAAGCUUGAUCCAACCGAUCGAGCGAUCCUGACAUACUUGAAUAAGACCGAGCUCCUUCCUCUGGUCUUUCGCUUCCCACGCUCUACGGCUGCUUUUGCUGGCUGCUUUCGAACCCUUCGCUCCGUCCUCUCUGCCUAAAACCCUCCCGAGCCUGUCACCAUGGUUGGGUUCAAGCCCUCCGAUAUCCCUCCAACGGCAACGGUGAAGUUUUUGGGAGCCGGGACGGCGGCCUGCAUCGCCGACCUGAUCACCUUCCCCCUGGACACGGCUAAAGUCCGGUUGCAGAUCCAAGGAGAGAAAAAGCCCCAUGUUACCCCCAAAAUGGCACAGUACAGGGGCGUCUUUGGCACCAUGGCCACGAUGGUGAAGAACGAGGGCCCCAAAAGUCUCUACAACGGGUUGGUGGCCGGUCUUCAGCGCCAGAUGAGCUUCGCUUCGGUCCGGAUCGGGCUCUACGACUCGGUGAAACAUUUCUACACCAAAGGCUCAGAACAUGCCAGCGUGGGCAGCCGGCUCCUUGCGGGUUGCACCACGGGGGCGAUGGCAGUCAUGGUGGCCCAGCCCACGGACGUGGUCAAAGUCCGAUUCCAGGCCCAGAUCCGGACAGAUGCUGGCCGGCGCUACCAAGGCACUUUGCAUGCUUACAAGACCAUUGCCAAGGAAGAAGGACUCCGGGGCCUAUGGAAAGGGACACUUCCCAACGUAUCCCGAAACGCCAUCGUGAAUUGCGCCGAACUGGUGACCUACGACAUCAUCAAGGAUACCCUGCUCAACUCCCGUCUCAUGACAGACGACAUCCCCUGCCACUUUCUCUCCGCCUUCGGAGCCGGCUUCUGCACCACCAUCAUCGCCUCUCCGGUUGACGUGGUGAAAACCAGGUACAUGAACUCUCCUCCCGGCCAGUACAGGAACGCUGGGAGUUGUGCCCUCAGGAUGCUCCGGGACGAAGGACCUUUCGCUUUCUACAAGGGCUUUACACCUUCCUUCCUUCGGCUGGGAUCCUGGAACGUGGUGAUGUUUGUGACUUAUGAACAGCUAAAACGUGCCCUGAUGGCAGCCCGGGCAUCAUGGGGGACCCCAUCCUGAGCCGACUGGCGAGGCAGAGUUUAAACUUUUGCUCCAAUCCUAUCCAUCCGUUUCCUCCGUUCUCCUGACCUGCGCGAUUUCUAAAACUCUUGUGGAUUUCCCCAUUUUAAAAUGUUUUACGCUUGCACGUCUCGGUCUGGCUGUAGCUGCUGCUUCAGGAUCUGCAAAUAUUCCUGCUGUCUUUUUUAAAAGUAAUUUAUCUUUGCUGGACCAAUCAUCAAUUUUAACGCCUGCUAAUGUUUGGAAGAGGAUGCUUUUUAAACACGCUGCAGAAUCGAAGAUGCCCCCCCCCCACGCGCUUAUCUUACAGAAUGUUACCUGAAGUCUUACUUAACUUCUGUCCUAACCAGUUUGCAUACCCCUUAAAACACAAACGGGAUGAAUUUUGUUCCACUUGCACACUCGACUUCAAGCCGUCCCAAAAGGCUUAGCUUGGCCCCUUUAAUUAAAUUGAAUCAGUUCCCUUUUCGGAAUUGGGAAAGAAUCCAUUUUUCCAAAGCUUGCUAAGUCUCCCAGGUGUCUUUAAAAAAUGGCAACCGUCUCCAAAUUGCUGGCAUUUGGGGAGGGGGCCGCAGCCUAAAAUGUGUUGCUGCUUGGCUUGUAAACCCCUUAACUCGCAUUACAAAGCUGAAUUCAGACCCCCAAGAAUUUGCCAAGAAGCUGUAAUUCAGAUUUUCCCACUUUUAAACUAUUGUCUUCGACAGAGCUGAUUGAAGGAUGAUCUGGCUUAACUGCACUUUUGUUCCACUGCAAAUUUUUUGGGGGAACAGAAAAAUGGCACUUUUUUCCAUGGGCGAGCCUGCUGUGAAAUUAUUUGUGAUGUUGCGUUGAUUUUUUUUUUUAAAAAGAAAAAUAUGCGCUACGAAUGUCAAAUCUUUUUUUUUUUAAAUAAAGCUCAAGCAAAGAA